CGCAUAAUAAAACCACAGCUUGUGCGAGAAAGUUGUUGUCGGAGCGCGCCACGAAUCAAAAAAAAAAAAUAAAUAAAUAGAUAAAACAAAAUUCGCAGUUAAUUCGAAUUCGAAAAAAUAGUUAAAUCAAAUACAAAACAAUUUACGGCCAUGCAGCACAGUGCCAAAUUAAGCAAACUGAAAAAACAAUACCAGAGUUCAAUAGCAAAUUAAAUAGAAGCUAAAGGAAAUCAACAUCGACCACAACAACAACAACAACAACAGCAAGCAGACGUGAAGCGAGUAUCGGAGUUACGUUAUACAGACACGGCCAGCCCGUUAGCCAGCAUGUUGUUUACGUCCGGUGUAAUCUGCCAAGUGGAGAAAUUGCUCUGUACACCGAUCAGUUUCGCUGUCUUCGCCUUCCUCUUCAUGGCCUGCACCAUGGAGGUGGUGCUGCUGAAGCUAACGACCAGUGCGCAUAUCUUUGGUUGGCAACCCAAUCAGGAUGACUGGGAUGAGGGCGGCCAGUUCGGGGAGGAGGAUAUCUACUAUGAGAAUCUCGAAAAUAACUAUGAGCACUGGGCGCGCAGGCGUCUACGCUAUCAUCAGCGUCAGCAGCAGUUGCUACAACAACAACAACAACAGCAACAGCAGCAGCAACAGCAAUAUCUAUAGACAAUUGUCUCUUAUUUGACUGAAAUUUCUCCAAUUAGACUAUAAAUUAUAAUUUUUUGUUUCGAUUUCAUUUGCGUCUGUAUGUAAACAAUUGCAAAAUUUUCUGCCAAUUCAUUUGAAACACACUCCAAAAGAAAUAAGUGAAGAAAAACAAAAAUUUGUGUUAAUAUUUUGUGCACGUUGUUAACAUUAUAUACACAUAUAGAUAUAAAAGUAUAUAUGUAUGUAUAUAUACUUAAUCAUUUUCGAGUAUUCGGUUUCAAUUACGUGCAUUUGUUUUUUUUUUUUUCUUUUCUUUUCGAGAAAUUUGCAUAAAUUGUAAAUGACUGACAUAAUAAUCAUAAUACCUUUACACAUAACCCAUAAUCUAUCAAAUAUCCAAUACUAUAAAUAUACGUAGACCCUAUACAGGUAGCAAUAAAUGUAAUUUUAGUUUUCUUGUAUGUAUAUGUAUAUGUAUGUGUGAUUGUUAUAAACAAAAUAUAUAUAUCUACUGUUAUACUGUUAUACAACUUGUUCAGCGUGUCGUAAGCUGUCCUAAGUUAUAAUUCCAAAUAAAAAAAAUGAUUGAAUAUUCCA